CGCCUUUGCUCUCUCUCUCUACUCUCUCCUCCUUUCCCUCUCUUUCCUCUCUAUCUCUCUUCGUUUUGUUUUUUCGCUUCGGGGCGAGAAGAAAAACCUGCCAUUUUUCAAUCUGCCGGAGCAGAGAUUUUCCUCUGCCGCGCGCGGCGUGGGCCGGCCGGGUCUCGACUGGCGCCGGAGGCGGAAGCCGUCGGGUUCUUCGAUCUUUCUCGCUUGCCGGUUUCGACUGGAGAUCGUCGGUUUCGCCGCUUGGAUCGAGGAUACAAUGGCUGUUGCUGAACAUCUAUGAUCUCUGUGUGCAUACAUCGAACAACAUCUCAAUUAAGCCAGGCACAACACAGCUGUGUUUUCCAUAGCUUGAAACAUCUCAGUGAUGAGUUGUUUUUCUCUCUUUUUCAAGAGGUCAAGGACCGGGCAGCAACAAAGUGAUCCAUAUAAUGAAGUCUUCUCUGGUGCUGAGAACAUAACAAGAUACAGCUAUAAGGAGCUGGCUAAGGCAACACUGAAUUUUGACCAAUCCAAUAAGAUUGGUGAGGGAGGUUUUGGACCUGUAUACAAGGGAACUCUCAAGGAUGGAACAGAUGUUGCUGUGAAGUUGCUGUCGUUACAAUCUAGACAAGGUGUGAAGGAGUUCCUUAAUGAACUUAUGGCAAUCUCUGACAUUUCACAUGAGAAUCUUGUCAAACUGCAUGGCUGUUGUGUGGAAGGGAGGCACAGAAUCCUUGUGUACAAUUAUCUUGAAAACAAUAGCCUUGCACAUACCCUUCUAGGUUCUAGGCAAAGUAACAUACAGUUCAACUGGAGGGCUCGAGUAAAUAUAUGCAUCGGUGUUGCCAAGGGACUAGCAUUCCUCCAUGAUGGUGUCCGGCCUCACAUUGUUCACCGUGACAUCAAGGCGAGCAAUAUACUUCUUGAUAAGGACCUCACGCCAAAAAUUUCUGAUUUUGGUUUAGCGAAGCUUCUGCCUUCAGAUGCAUCACAUGUUAGUACAAGAGUCGCAGGAACACUAGGUUACUUGGCUCCUGAAUAUGCCAUCCGAGGACAAGUGACACGCAAGUCAGAUGUUUACAGCUUUGGUGUUCUUCUUGUGGAAAUAGUUAGUGGAAGAUGCAACACUGACACAAAAUUGCCCUACGAAGACCAGAUCCUUCUUGAGAAGACAUGGAAAUGUUAUGAUCAGGGGUGUUUGGAGAAGGCCAUAGACAGCUCUAUGGUCGAUGACGUGGAUGUCGACGAAGCCUGCAGAUUCUUGAAAGUCGGUCUUUUGUGCACCCAGGACAUCUCGAAACGUCGACCCACCAUGUCAAUGGUCAUCAGCAUGCUGACAGGCGAGAUGGAGGUCGACAAAGAGAAGAUCAGCAAGCCUGAUGUAAUCAGGGAUUUCAGGGACCUCAAGCUCAGGAGCAAGGCCACAUCCUCCUCCUCACUGUUGACCUCCAUCAUGGCGCGCUCAACUCCCUCGUCGUCUCAGGAGACGACGCGCACCUCCAUCACGGUCACCGCCAUAUCGGACCGCGACUGAUGGGUCUCUUUCUGAAAGUGUAAAGUUGUGUAGAGGAAAACCGUAGCGUAGACGAUAUUAUCUUCAUUUUUUGUGCUUGCAUGAUCUUUAUGUAGAAUUUGCAUCAUCCCCAUUCACUGAGCCUGAACACAUUGCUGAGUCACACACACACACACACACACACACAUAUAUAUAUAUAUAUAUAUACAGCCCAUUUCUGUCCUGAAUUAACUCUGUCAAUUGUCAAAGUGUCAUCAAGAAACCACUACUCCAGUGAAUUGCUGAAAGCCUGGAAAGGAAGUUGCAUACAUUCCAACUGAGAACUGUGCUUCAGAAUACUAUUAAAUGCAAUUAGUUCAAUUUCCUUCA